ACGGCGGCGGCGCUCAAGCAUGGACGCUCUCCCAUUCCGGUGGGUCGGAAGAAAAAUCCGGUGAUCUGAUGACGCUAACCGGUUGUGGUGGCUCAAAGAGCAUGCCUCCGCCGUCCGCUGCCGGGACAAAGAGGUCGCCGACGGAGAAAGAGAGGAGUGCAAGUGGAGUGGUGGUGGAAUCGGAUCAUGAAGUACACGUAUGGACCGAAAGAGAAAGAAGGAAGAAGAUGAGGACUAUGUUUGACACCCUCCAUUCUUUGCUUCCUCAACUUCCACCUAAGGCUGACAAAUCCACCAUUGUUGGUGAAGCUGUGACCUACAUCAAAGCGCUUGAACAGACUCUCCACGGCCUCCAGAAGCAAAAGAUAGAUAUGCUCCAGAGGUUUAACUACGGCCCAUCCUCUGUUUUGAGUUCACAGAGGUUAAACCCUGCACCAACGGAUCAGACGGCGGCAUUCUUGGCUGCCGACCAUCACGCCGCCGGGAGAAGCGGAGGCGGCGGCCUCCUGGCUUCUUUAUUUGGUUCAUUGUCCUCAUCCUCAUCGCCCGAGGCUACAAACAUGCAUUACUCCGCCGACGUCAUCCCACGACACCCGCCGGUGUCGUUUCAGACGUGGACAUCCCCGAAUGUCGUCCUCAAUGUCUGCGGCAGCGAUGCCCAGAUUAGCCUUUGCUGUCCAAAGAAGCCGCCCGGCGCCCGCGGCGGCGGCCUGCUAACGGGUAUCUGCUUUGUUUUGGAGAAGUACAAGAUAGAGGUUGUUUCUGCUCAAUUUUCAUCGGACUGUCACCGGAGCAUGUGCAUGAUCCAAGCGCGUUCAGGAUUGUACGGUCAGGAUCUCUUAACUGGAACGACGGCGUACGCAGCUGUGGAGGAGAUAUACAAGCAAGCCGCCGGAGAGAUUUUGUUGUGGGUAACAAGCAGGCACUGAUAAUCUAUCACUUCUUCAAGACUUCCUUUUUACAUGCAUAGAUUUGAUAUUCCGGCGGGCGAAGUGGUAGUCUAUUUUUGCAAAAUAUGAAAAUCUGAUAGAUGCAAACCAUAAACUUUUUGACUCAGAUUUGAAUUCUAAUGGUCUUCUGGAGCAAUCUGAGGGACCUUCCGAC